AUGCCGUCAGGAGGAGACCCGAGGAAUCUUAUCGUCAAUUACAUCCCGACGCCUGUCUCCGAUGAGUCUCUGCGUGAAAUGUUUGAGAAAUUUGGUACGCUCGUUUCUGCCCGUGUUAUUCGUGACAAGAAGAGGGAUGGACACCCCAAAGGGUACGGGUUUGUGGUCUACGCGGACAGGGAGUCCGGGCUUCGUGCCAUGGAGGAGAUGAAUGGGUUUAAAAUCCACAAUAAACACCUGCGCGUGUCUCCCGCGUUCGGCCCGGGGAAUGCGCAGCCAAAAAGUGAGACGGGCGAUGCUGUCAUAAUGCAGGCGAACAAGACGGGCGAACACUGGCCGUCCCUGCCGUCACCCCAGCUAUGCGCCCCGCUCCCGUAUUCCGUGGAUUGCACUGACGUAGACCCCAGAAAUGAGCCAGGCGCCAUGCCGUUUCAAAGCGUGCCGCCCGUUUCUCUUUCACAGGCGGUUUGCACAACUCCUGUGGCCAUGCAGCCACCGACCGUAACGAUUUUAAAUGCCGUUCCCGUUCAAUUUUACGCAGCAUCACAUUUUGUUUUGGCACCAACAUCAAAUAAACCGCAGAUGGUAGCAACGGCUGUACAUCCACAGGGUUCCAUCACGUCGCCGCAUUCACCACCCGCCACACCUUCGCCGCCGGUGAUCGUAUUCCCUAACGCAUCUGUUGGUAAUAACAGAAACCAUGCACAUAUAAACAGUACGGUCAUGAAGAAGAGCAGUAGUAAUAUCAGUCUUAUCCAUAAUGCUGAAAGUGGCAUCGUGGGGGUACCGUCGCAGUUGGCACCUACGAUUCAAAAUGAAUCUUCAUACCAGACAUUGAUACGGCCGGUCUCUUUUCCACCUUCCAUUCCAAUCUUUCAGCAGUCGGAGCCGAUGGUGCAGGGAUGCAACUCGUCUUUCCACUCAUCAAUGGGAUCUCUUGAUGUGGUGAGCUUCACUGCUGGCAGCAAGCCAUUGGAGGGACUGAAUGGGAUCCUUGUGGAAUCCCCCAUAAUGUCUCGUUGA